GCCCGUUGGACCCAAAACAGAUAAUACAUAUACACGGAAGGGAGUGGGUUGUUACAGUGACAAUGGUUCAUGUUUUACCCGAUAGCAUUGGCUCACUCUUCCAUAAGUUUGGUUCUAUGGGUGAGUCAUUUGUGAUUCAUGCAGGUGAAUGAUGAGAAUGUCGACAUGCUUAAAGAAAUUAUGAAGCGGACUUAUGAGAAAGCAGAAGAGUGCAUUAGAACAAACUACUAUGGAACCCAAAGAGUUACCCAGUCACUUCUUCCUCUCCUGCAACUCUCCCCUUCAUCAAGAAUAGUGAAUGUCUCUUCCCUUCGUGGACAGCUAAAGAAUAUCCACAACCAUCAAGUUAAAGCAGAGCUGGAGAAUGUUGGGGAACUAACAGAAGAAAAACUAGACAAGAUCUUGCAAAGGUUUUUAAGAGAUUUCAAGGAGGAUAAGCUGGGGGCCAAUGGGUGGCCUGUUAUUGCAUCUGCAUACAAGGUAUCCAAAGCUGCUGUAAAUGCCUAUACCAGAAUCAUAGCAAGGAAAUUCCCCCAUUUUCUUGUAAAUUAUGUGCACCCAGGAUUGGUUAAAACGGAUAGUACAUGCAAUACAGGGGAAAUGACUGCUGAGGAGGGUGGCAGAGCUCCUGUGAAGUUGGCUUUGCUGCCUGAUGGUAGUCCUUCAGGCCUCUAUUUCCAUGAGAUGGAUGUUUCCACCUUUUGAUAUUAACAAAACCACAGGGUUCUAGUUUAUGAAGAGAAAUUUAUUCACCAAAAAUGCAGUUAAAGGGGACUUGAAUUUCCAGUGGGGAAAAAAAUUCUUGGGAGUU